AUGAACAAACAACCGGGAACCCAAAUAAAAUUGACCAAUGUCAGUAUAGUGCGGAUGAAGAAAGGUGGAAAGAGGUUCGAGAUUGCAUGCUAUCAAAAUAAAGUAUCAGAGUUCCGUUCAGGCGUUGAGACCGAUCUUUCUGAAGUACUCCAGAUAGAGCAAGUGUUUACGAACGUACCGAAAGGUCAAGUAGCAAAGAGAGAUGACUGGGCGAAGUGUUUCGUGACGGACGAUAUAAACAAAGUGAUUGAAGAAAUCCUUCGCAAAGGAGAAUUGCAAAUCAACAAUCUCGAACGAUCACAUCAACUAUCAUCUCUGUCAAGGGAAAUAGCCACGUUGGUAACGGAAAUGACAGUGGAUCCAACAACGAAUCGUAAACAUACUGUUGGAAUGAUUGAGAAAUCAAUGUCAGAAGUUGGAUAUUCAGUCAAAGCUGACAAACCCGCAAAAGCACAAGCAUUAGAAUUGAUCAAGAAGCUAAGUGAAGGUGGUGAAAAUGUAUUACCUAUCAGAAGAGCAAGGAUGAGAGUCAGAAUCACGAUGCCCGGUAAAGACGGAAAGAGGAUAAAAGAAAGUGUGAUGAAAGAAGUAGAAGAAGUAGAAGAAGACGAUAUGGGUAUGGAAUGGGAAGCUAUCGUGCAAAUAAAUCCUGGCUCUUUCCGGACGAUCACUGAUUUGGUGAACAAUGAGACCAAAGGAAAAGGUAGAGUGGAAGUGAUGGGUAAUGUGGGUAAUUAG